GUCUCAUAUGAUGAAUCCUUCUCAAGAUAGUGAAGAGAAUUUAAGUGAAAUACAACAAGAAGAACUCCCUCAACAUCUUUCUACUCAUCAAACGGAUAUUGUAGAGGACUUUGCAAGACAACUAGAUGAAUGUAAUGACACUGGAGUCCUUGUGCGCAACAACAAUGGAUAUGAAUACGAGUGAUGACGAAGAUAUACCGUUUGGCUAUGAACAAUUACCUCAAGAUGACAAUCAAGACGAUGAUAACGAUGACGAUGAUGAUAAUAUGGACGAUCCCAAUCAACAGAUCAACUCACAGAAUUCCAUAGACUAUUCAUACCAUACCAUGGAAGAUGAGGAAUCAAUGAAUGAUAUCGACCUUCAAAGUCAUGUUGCUGUGGAAACAAAACCUCUAACAAUUUCAUUGAAUCCUGAAGAUAGUAUAUCAAAAGAAACGUCGAACAUGAUUUUGAACAUAAUGAAAAACAUUGAACUACCUGAUAGUGCGGUACCAGAUUGGGCAAAAGCAAUACCUGAAUCAAGUUGGAUACCAAAAGUCAAGGAACAAGAAAAUGGGAUCAAAUGAUAUUCAGUUAAUGUUAGAUUAGAAUUUUUACUUUAAUUUAGAAUUUGUUUGUCAAUUAUUGUACAUAAUAUCCCUCAAUAAAAUAUAUCUUUUACAUACAGUGA